CUAAAAUUUUUGGGGUUCUUAAACAAAAGGAAAGUUAAUUUCCAAAUAGAAAACCCAAAAGUUACAAGUAAAGUACAAACUGGGUAGGAUUCAGAAGAAAGAGUUCAGAUUUCCAAAAAGGGUUUUUAAGUAUUUAUUAGUCUCUGUCGCUGAUAAUAAAAUUUUAGUCUGGUCUCUCUGUGAGAUUCUUUGGCAGGAAACCAAAAUAUAGGGAGGGAUGGCUUGGGAUUUGCUUUUAUGGAUAAUCUCCUUCUUCGUCAGCUUGGCUCUCGUCGCUUCCGUCUUCUAUCAGGUUAUCUGUUUAACGGAUUUAGAAGCUGAUUACCUGAACCCUUUUGAAACAAGUACCCGUAUCAACCGCUUGGUAAUUCCUGAGUUUAUCCUCCAAGGGUCACUCUGCCUUCUCUUCCUCUUCACAUGGCAUUGGGUCUUUUUUCUCGUCGCUCUCCCUGUAACAGUCUAUCACGCUAUGUUAUACAAUGACCGGCGUUAUCUCAUCGAUGUCACUGAAGUGUUCCGUGCUAUUAGCUUUGAAAAGAAGUUCCGGUUUACCAAGCUCGGUUUCUACAUCUUUCUCUUCAUCAUGGUUGUCUUUAGGCUUACUCUCUCGGCGGUCUAUAGCUUCACGGAGGACGAUGAUCUACUUCAUUUGUUUUGAUUUAUGCGCUCUGCUUUAACCACUCCUCAUUUAUUUGCUGAGUGUGUUUGAGACUAUUGUGACACGGGUUUUACAUCCCUGCUUAGAAUUGGCCAAUUAGGGAUUCAUGAUGUAGCUUUAUAUAAUGUACUAUUACAGGAAAAUUCCUCACAGAUCUUUUGACAUGGAUGGUUUCACCAGUUUUUUGCACAA